UUUGUUAACAUAUAUGAUUAGUUGUUUUUGAACUAAGAGCUAGUUUUUCACAUAUGAAGCCGGGGGUUCCAAAAUUCUAUCAGCACAUUUUCAUCUAUCUCUAACUGAUAAAUAAAGGGAACUGUGAUCUGAUUUGAAGGUGAAGUAUCUUUUAUACCUAUCUCUGUGUAUUUCCUUCGCAUUGCUGCCACGCUUCAAUCAUAUUCCUUAAAUCCAAAUAAAUGGUCUAUCAAAACCAGCUUCAUUUCACUUACAAUAUAGUUUCGAUACCACUUACAAUUUACAAACACCCUUUUGUGCAAAUCAGUUUUAAAUAAUUUUCAGGGACCUCAAGUAAUUUAAAUUAGAACAGAAACUACUAGCAUUAAUUGUAAACAAAUAUGUACAUUGGUUCGAAAUCGAAACUAGGUUAAAUGAUAGAGAAGAUUCUAACGGUGGUUAUUUCACAGUUUUACACUGCAUCUGGACAAUUUUUCACACAAAUUGAUUGCUUUUUAUUUAUCAAUCAAAGUUGGUCUUUGUAACUGAUUUCAACUGCAAAUUUAUACUGAUUUUUUUCUAUUCAAAUUGAGCUAUUAUACAAAAAAGUUUUAAAAUUCAAAGGUGACUGACUUAAGAAGAGAACGGAAAAGGAGUUUCACAUCAGUGAUGAAAGUUGUUCACAUCAACUAAUAAUUAGUUCUAUUUUUUAACGCUGAUAGUCGUCUGUGCAUUGAACUUGAUUUUGAUACUGAAGUGAUUAACUGAUUAAGCAUGCUUAGAAACACACCACGUUUAUGGUAGCUUGUUUUAUAUGCGCGGUGUGUUCUUAUUUUUUCGCAGAUUUACAGCUCCAUUUGGUCACACUUGAGUUGAUUUGGUUUUUCUGAAGCAGCUGUUCCAUCCAUUUUGCUUAGAUUUUGAUCAUUAUCAAGACUUCGCCGGCUGUGCAAAUUCAGGAGAUCAAAUUAUUGACGUAUUAGAUUACGUAUUGCAGUUGCAGAUUUUUUUUUCUGUAGUCGAAGAUCAAUAAUCAACUUCUGAAUUCAAGAUUUUGAGAAAAGCAAUUGUUUGUUCGGAUAUCUGUUCUUUUUUUAUGUUAGUCAAAUACUUGAUCGGAUCAAAUGAGCUGCGUAUAUGGCGAUAAUCAGCUGUUUAACUAGUCGAUACUCGAUGAUCAAAAUGAUUUCUACAUUACCGAUAUUGCUUUUACUUGUUGGCUGGUGGAUGGAGCCUGGCUAUUGUGUUUCCGACGUAGACAAUGGGUUUUGGCUGUUUGGGUGUAACGCGUACAAGUGCCAUUGUGCACCCUACCAGCAUAGAUGUCCGGAUUCGCCCUGGUGUGUAAACGACUGGGACACUUGCAACCCAAACAAAGACUUCUGUCCCUCUUCUAAAGAUAAUUGCUAUGAUGUUGCCACUUGUGAUGUCAGCUGGUGUGAGAGUCUAUCUCUACCUACCGAAGACGCAAACCAUACUUGUGUCCUGCUAGGAGGGAAGAAAGUGUGUCUCUGUGGUGAUUAUGGACUGUACGCACCACACGGAGUCGGAUGCUCCGAUAAGCAGGUGUCGCCAUGUGAGCAGUGGGGUGCUUGUAAUCUGGGCUGUGAUUGGGAUGUCCGCUUCCCAGACAGCUGCACGUGUCCGGAGGGGUCUGUGAAGAAUGACGUCACUGGCCAGUGUGCCAUCCCUACUACUCAAGAAUCAGUGAAGGUCGUGGGCGUGGAUGGGUUUGACUUGAGGGCCUGGACUGUGGGAUCCAUGUCCAGAGUGUCUGACGUUGGAUUCUCAAUCAGGUCUAGUUCCGAUGACACUGUCGUCUCUCUGGCUGCCUCUCCAACUAGACAGAUGGUGUUCUACGCUCACAACCCCGGCAGAUUGGAGCGAUAUGGAAAACUGUUCGCCCACUCUUUUGCAGACAACCCAUGGGUAGCGAGACCUCUUGGCAAUGUAUACUUCAAAGAUGCGGGACAGAUGGCUUAUGACUGGAUUGCCGAUAAUCUGUACCUAGUCGACAAGGCACUCGGUCAAAUUUUGGUCAUAUCGGGACCCCAUUAUGAUCAGUCAAGCACUGUGGUGGCCCACGAGUUGUUCCAUCCGUCGGGUGUGGCUGUAGACCCAAUUGAAAAACAGAUAGCCUAA